GCUCCCCGCCACGUGGCACUGCCAUUGCGGUGCAUCUUAAACCAUUAACGAUGAGGCUCUCUCCAUUUUUCAAAACGAAACACAAAAGCCAAAUCCUUCACCCAUCGUGUGGCCAGAAAUGGGCUAACAAUGUCGUGAACCCAAUCCAAACCGACGGUGAGAUCGACUCCUCCGCCAAUCAACGACCGUCGGAUGGUAGGAAAAGGGAAUUGGGUCAGAGCACUAUAAGAAGGGCUGCUCUGUUUUGGGGGUGAGGCAGAGAAGAAGAAGAAGAAGAAAAAGCAAGCAGCUUUACUGAGUAGUGAAACCCAGAAGGCAGAGCAAGCCGAAUUGUAGAAAUGGCGUCCAUGAUUUCGUCCUCCGCCGUGGCCACCGUGAGCCGCACUGGCGCUCAGGCCAGCAUGGUCGCCCCUUUCACCGGCCUCAAGUCCGCCGCCGCCUUCCCCGCCACCAGGAAGUCCGUCAACGACAUUACUUCCAUCACAAGCAACGGUGGCAGAGUCCAGUGCAUGAAGGUGUGGCCACCAUUGGGUUUGAAGAAGUACGAGACCCUCUCCUACCUUCCCCCAUUGACGGAGGAGCAAUUGGGCAAGGAGGUCGACUACCUGCUCCGCUCCGGAUGGGUUCCUUGCCUCGAGUUCGAGUUGGAGCACGGUUUCGUGUACCGUGAGAACAACAGGUCCCCGGGUUACUAUGACGGAAGGUACUGGGUUAUGUGGAAGCUGCCCAUGUUCGGAUGCACCGACUCGUCGCAGGUGCUGAAGGAGCUCCAGGAGUGCGUCAAGGAGUACCCCCAGGCCUUCGUCCGCAUCAUCGGGUUCGACAACAAGCGCCAGGUGCAGUGCAUCUCCUUCAUCGCCUACAAGCCCGAAGGAUACAACUAAAACUCGUCGACCUCCAAUUCCUACGUACCAUUCCCACCAAAAUGAAGGGUCUUUUGGCUUUUUUUUUUUUUUUUUUUAAUCCCUUUUGCGUCUUCUUAUUCUUGCUGUUUUUAAUUUGUUUUUCCAGAAAUUUUCACUGUUUUCCCGUGGUUGGAUUCGGAUGUUGAAUCGAACGGUUGAGAUAUGUUCAAAUAAUAAUGGUAGUACUUUGCAUUUACUAUAGUUUGUGUUUAAUUUGUUCACUUAUUGAAUCGCCUUAGCUUCUCCCCAUCUUCUAAGCUAGUUUGGAUAAGAGAUGGGAUGGUUGGUUCUAUUGCCAAAUGAGUGGGGUUGUUGAUGGUUGCUACUUGCUAUUUGCUACUACUUCCAACCAAAAACUACAGGGCUUUCCCAUGUAGCUCAUGGAUUUAAAAUUGAGAAAUUUUGUUUUCAAAUCUUCACAAAUAUAUAAACACUCUGUUUGAUUUUGACUCAUGAGUCCAGUCUCCAUAAUCUCCAACACCAAGUGAUGCAACUUCGGACCAUCUCCAAUGUUAGUCUUCAAUUUUAACAUUUUUACUUCAAUGCUAUCGUGUUCAAAUUUGGAGACCUCUUUUUUUUUCUAGUUUUUUUUUUACUUAAAAAUGUAAUUAUUAUCAUCUUAAUUUAAUUUGUUCAAGUUAAUUUUUUUAGUUAGUCAUCAUUUUUAAAUACAAAUUUUUCGAUAGAAUUAUUUUAAAUUUCGAUACUGAAAUUUUUUUGGCAAAAAAUGAUUGACCUAAUUUUUCUUUACACACAACACUUGAAAAUGAUAAAGUUUAAAGAGUUCACAUAAUAGUUGAAAUGUUACAACUCAGAGGUUACACACAACACUUGAUAAUGAUAAAGGUUAAAGAUUACACACAACACUUGAAAUGAUAAAGAUGAAACAAAUAACAUGUCAUUAAUCGCCCAUAAGAGAAUAGUAAUUCCCGUAAUCUCUUCCUUCCUGUUAUGGGACAAUCCAAGUACCACAUCGGAAAUACAAGGGAAUGAACCCUUGUAUAUAAGUGCCCACCUAGCCCAAUUAGUACGAGGCCUUUUGGGGAGGACACCCAAGAGUAAAACCGUGCGGGCUGCGUUUGGGGAAAUCCUUGUAUCGAGAAGCCCAUUUAUACAAGGUGUCCGGCUGAUCAAGAUAAUCGAUGAGAAGAGGACACGAAGUUCGUGGUCCUUGUCUUGGGGGGAGGAUUGUUAUGGGACAAUCCAAGUACCACAUCGGAAAUACAAGAGAAGGAAACCCUUGUAUAUAAGUAUCCACCUAGCCCAAGUAGUACGGGGCCUUUUAGCGAGGACACCCAAGAGUAAAAUCAUGCAGGCUUGGUACAAAGCGGACAAUAUCGUACUAAUUUUGCACCCCGGUUUGACACUUCACUUUCAUCUCCUCCUCCGGUCUGACUUGCGUUGGAUAAAUAGUUGGGAUCAUCUUGAUCAUACCCUAGAAGCACGUUGUGUUUAUUUCUCCAAUACUUCCUCUUUCUUGGUGUCAACUUCGACAAGUCUCUUUCAUAAAGAUCAAUGUUUUCCCAAAGUAGUGCCGCUUCCCUCUCUCUUUUCUCAAGUUCCCACUUUUCUUCCCUAUCCCUUUUUCUCAAGAUCCCGCUUUUCUUCAUCUCGCUUCGAUUUUUUUCCUUGGAAUACCAUCCUUUUUCGCUCAUACUCGGCCCUCGAAGCACUCCUCUCCUUCAACUCACUUCCAUCGUUCGUGGCCCUGCGAGAUCUUGGGAUGUUGCCACAACUAAUGAUAGAUUAUUGACCUGCAUUAUAUUGGCACAACAUUAUAAUCGAGGAUGAACAUGUUAAUUCUGACGAUGAGAUGGAAGAUAGUAUUGAUUAUGAGGUCCACGACCAACAACCAACUAAUGUCGACAGACAUAUUCCAACCCUAACUAAGUACUUGGCUAGGAAUAAUAGGCUUCGUGCUGC